UGCUACACCAUACCAUCCUCGUUCACCGGUUCUCCCCUAUAAAUUCAGACGGCCGCUUCUGCCACCUGCACGUACUUUCACCGUAGAAACCAUCCAUCGGCAGUGCAAGGAGAGAAGGCAAAGCAUGGAGGUGCACUGCUCCAGACUGGAGAGCUACGGUGCGGCGGCGGGGCAACCGGUGCUGUUCUGCCCUGCGCCUCAGAUGCCUGUGCCGGCGGUCGGUCCACCGCACUUGCCGCCUCCCUACGAAGCUCAAGUUGAGCUCAGGAUUUUGGUACACGAGAUUGUUGACCCAAUUACAUCAACGUUCGGCGGUCCCCUGUUCUCUGGACCACCUCCUGAACGUCCAGAGAACCCCAUGAUCCAUGACCCCCUGUUCGGGAAGGCUCUCCCGACGGCUAGCUUCGUGGCCACUGCUCGUUCGCCAAGAUCGACUUGGACAUUGACAUUUGAUUCCGGCAUUUUCUGCGGCGCGCCGCCGGUUGUUUAGAUGGAAGGUUUCUGCUGCCUCGACGUAGAUCGCCAGAGACGCCGCUAGUGCCUGAAGGAA